UUGAUCCUUAGUUACACAUUGAGCUGCUCGGCGUAUGGUUCAGUUUCGAGGUGUUUCUCUAGCUGUUUACUUCUUUGAUCGCUACUCUGGGAUUUCUCGUUCAGAUGUCUCAAGCUUCGUAUAUUCAAGACAUGCUGUCGGACUCUGCAUCCGAUCAGGCCACGGGUCCCAGUGAAGUUGCAAGUUUUUAUGCACACACGAAUAUCCUUCUCACUGGAGGUGCCGGUUUUUUAGGAAAACUUCUGACAGAGCGGAUACUGCGGUCAUGUCCCGAGGUGAGCACGUUGUUUCUGCUCCUCCGAGCAAAAAAAGGGAAAAGCCCGCAAGAAAGAUUUGCGGAACUCUUUGACGACUUGAUUUUCGACCGACUGAAGAAAGAGAAGCCUGGAUUUGCUCGAAAAGUCAGGUUGAUCGAGGGUGACGUGGGGGAGAUCGGUUUGGGUUUGGCGCCGGAGCAAAGGGAACUGCUCCGAACCACGAACAUCGUGAUACACGGUGCAGCCACCGUACGAUUCGACGAAUCCGUGCGAAUUGCUACCAAGAUCAACGUCAGAGGCACCAAGGAGAUGCUGAUACUCGCCAAGGAAAUGCCAAAUCUUAGAGCAUUCGUGCACAUCUCAACAGCCUACUCGAACUGCGUUCGAGAGUCCAUCGAUGAAAAAUUCUACCCACCACCAAUCGACUCGGACAAGUUACUCGAUCUCGUGGAGAUAUUGGAUGACGCCUCCCUCGAACACCUCACGCCGGUACUCUUGGGUAAAUAUCCGAAUACGUACGUCUUCACCAAAGCGGUCGCCGAGGACGUCAUUCGCCGCAACAGUCAUAGUCUGCCAGCCUGCAUUGUCAGGCCGUCCAUAGUAAUCGCAACUUAUAAGGAACCCAUCGCUGGUUGGAUCGACAACGUCUACGGUCCCACCGGAGUAGUGCUCGGGGCUGCGAUUGGAUUAUUACGGACUCUUCACUGUGACCCGGAAGGCAUCGCCGACAUCAUUCCCGCAGACUUCGUAGUCAACAACAUCAUUGUCGCCGCAUGGGACAUUGCCGAAGCUCGAACCACGAAUGUCAAUAACGCGGAUAGUUCGAAGAAUCCGGAGACUGAUGAGCCUCCGAUCUACAACGUCGUAUCAUCGUGCCAGAAACCCUUUAGGUGGGGUGAAUUGAUGCGUCAUAUAGAAAAAUAUGGAUUGCAAAUUCCAAGUAUGAUGUGUAUGUGGUACUACUGCUUCAAACUCAACAAGUAUGAAUCGGUUCACAAGAUAUACGUGAUCUUCCUCCACCUUCUUCCCGCUCUCAUUGUAGACAGUGUGGCCCGCAUUAUAGGACGCGAGCCCAUGUUAUGGAAAGCUUACAAGAAGAUUCACAAAUUCAGCGCCGUGAUUUCGUAUUUCGCGACGCGACAAUGGCGCUUCAGUAACAACGGUGUUUUGAGACUGUCGGCGAAGUUGAACCCCGCCGAUCAGAACCAGUUCAAGUUGAACAUGAAAGACUUCAACUGGGAGGAAUUCAACUACAAUUCCGUUCGUGGUGGACGUGUUUAUCUUUUGAAAGACCCAUUGGACACUAUACCUAAAGCAGUUGUUAGAUAUGCAAGGUUGCAGAUCGCUCACUACGCUAUAGUAACAGUGAUGGGGGGAAUAAUUUUCUGGCUGCUAUGGACACUCGUAAGAUUUUUGGGUUCAUGGUAACUCCUAUAUUCGUCCACAAUACGACUUCAAUUACCAAAAUUGAGUAUAUCGUGGGUUUUCUAAUAUGCGUCUAUCUGAAGAAUUUGUACGUAUUGCAAAGAGCACUGGAAUCAACACCUAAAACACGAAUUUAAAUCAGUUUCUCAUAUACUUCUGUAUGUCCUAUUUUUCCACUAGUGUAAUUUGAUGGUUUGAUGGUUUUUAUUAAGAUCUUUCCCAUAGGCAUAUUGGGAAAUAACAAGAAAAGUAUACAAAAUUAAGCUAUAUACAGAGUCUCAAAUCCAAAAACUUAGCCUAGUUCGAUAAUUAAAGUAAAGAGGAGCACAGAAUAGAGACAUAGAACUACAACGACGUAGACAGGAGUAGAAAUAUACAGAUAGAAGGAUACAAAAAUUGGAAGAGUGAAAGACGGCAAAGACAAUGUUAGAAAAAAGAAUAGAAUAAAGUAGAAACAUAGAAACGUGGGAAGCAGGAAGUAGAGAAAUCUAGAUGAAGAAUCACCAUCAAGAGCGAGUCUCUUCUGUCCGGAAGAGAUACUGACAGAGUGCACGUUUAAGUCAGCAAGCGUCGAGAUAGACCUGAGUUCGGUUGGUAACGUAGCCUGGUAGCAAGACAACGGAGUCCGAGAUCUGCGAAUGGAGCCAGGUUUCAGUCACAGCUAGUAGCAGCCGGAAAAGCGAGAGACGCAGCGGAGAUAACUUUGGAACAUUAAAUUUCGUAUAAACUGAUGGAAAAUUUCAUUUAUUUCAUGCAGAUAGCAGUACCGUGUAGAGAUAUUUAUUGUGAGUAUACAGGCUAUAACGGAGUCGAAGACGAGAUUGUCGCGUCACUUCUAUUAGUGACAAAUUUCUAUUUUCUAGUACUCUUGUAUCAACAAAUCGGUCACUGAAUAACGACGAGUGUAUCAAUUGUCUAGUCAAAGAACUAUGGCAACAGAGUAUCUCGCUUCUCAAACUGGAGUUGUUUCAACUUCAAAAUCGGUGUAAUAGUGUCGAAGAAAAAGGAAAAUGGAAGGCAUCAAGUACCGCGAGCACCGUAUCAAAUAAUUUCAGUUUCCGAAGCGAGACCUAUCGAGGAUCAAAUAAUAAAAAAUAGAGCCGGUGGUUUGGCAGUCGACCCAAUCUAGUAAAAUUGACUACGGAUGAAGUUAUUUGAAAUCUUUUGAGCUAACAUGUAUGAGAGUUCGUGAGAAUUCUCCAUUCCGUCUUUAAUCUACGAUGCAUUGAAAAAUAUCUUGCUAAAAGUGUUACGGCACGUAUUUUACUCUCGGAAUUACCAAUGACACAAUGACACGAUAUUGGAAAUAAAUAUGUAGUCAAUAA